CGCUGCUGUGUCCAGCAUGAAGCCCGUCCCUUUGGUCCUGCUCAUUACUUCAGUUUUACUGACCACACACGUCCCGCCGAGCACCUGUCGACCCCGCGAUCUGAGCCUAAUAAACAACCAGCUAGACGAUGUGCUCUUAAACGGGGCUGGAGACGACGUCAUGUACUACUUCCUUCUCUACUUGCAAAGAAAUCUCGGAGCGCAGAAGGCAGCCGGUGUCCUGCAUCUCCCGCGCUUCCCCACGUCACAGCUGCGCUCUCCUCACAGGGACAACAGCUUAGAGGAGCUCACGGAGUUUACCAAACGGAACGACAAUCCACCGAUCUCCAUCGACCUCACCUUCCAUCUGCUGAGAAACAUGAUCGAAAUGGCGCGGAACGAGAAUCAAAGGGAACAGGCGGAACUAAACCGUAAAUAUCUAGAUGAGGUUGGGAAGUAGCUGUAGCUCAAUGAUGAUGCUUUCAAUCGGCGAGUAAAGAACAAGCUCAAUGCACUUUUUCACAUCCCCAAACUCUCGCUAAACAUAUGACUUUUACCACUGCCUCCUGCUCGAGUCACACUCUUAGAAAUAAAGGUUCUUCAGUGGUUCCUUGCCGCUGCAAAUAACCUCCUUCUCGUUCUUGAGUUAGGUUCUUCAGAUGAUGCUAUUGGAUUUUGAGUUCCUACAGGAAAAAAAAAAGAAAAAAGUUCUUCAAAAAGGUCACUUGUGACACCAAGGUUAUGUGUAACCUUUAUUUUUAAGAGUGGCAUAUGUUCACAUGAAGAGUUUUUGGUGACCUGCUGCUGUCUCCAUCACUCCUGGACCAUUUCAAAACCAGGAACCAAGAGCCACAACAGACCUACCAGGACCUCAAAACACUGCCCACAGCAAAUGAUCUGUCAGGCUGGUUCACUUAACCAAAUCAAGAAACCAAUCAAACUACAAUUGACUGGUGCCCUUUAAGUGUUUACAGUUAUUGGUCUCCUAAUUAGAGUUACAAAACACUCUUAAAAGUUCUUAAUUGGCAUCUUUGGUUCCAUAAAAAAGCUUUUAACAUCCAUGGAAACUUUAUACUGGUUCUUUAGAUUAUAAAAAAAAAUCUUCACACAAAGAAUUACCAAAUGGUUUCAUUGAAAGGUUGUUUGGGGAACCCAAAAUGGUUCUUCUUUUGGAAGGAGUUUUACUAAACCAUUACAAAUCCUGUUAUUACUUGAGUAACCAGUCCAUAUAUAAUAGGGUUAACAUCAGUAUUGCUCACUAGUAACUCGAAUAAGAGCUAUUCUCAAUGAAGAACAAGAAGACCAUUGCCAAGUGUAAUUUCUGUCCAGGAUGUUUGGUUGCACCCUCUGGCUUUGCCAAUGGGAGUGCUUUCAUUACAUAAAAUGCUACACUUGGUGAUAACGCCAGUAUUUACCACAUGCAUAAUGCCAAAUGCUCAUAAGUGCAAAAGUAUGUUCUCCUCACAUGCUGGGAAACAAUGAUCUGGAGCACUUCAACCAAGAGGCUUACCCACAUUUUGUGACAAUAACGUUGGACAAAACUACAAAGUGCUUGAGAUAUACUGUACAUUGUAUAUUGCUUAUCAUUAUGUAAAUUACAUAUUAUAUUGCACCUAAAUGCAUAAAUAUGCCUUUGUAUUUUGAACAUGAAUCUGCAGAAAUAAAUGAGAUUACAUGCC